CAUAGCUAGAGAGAUACAUCUAUAUAUCGACCAGCGCUAGCAGCAGCAGCAGCUCUAAUAUUAACAGUCGGCUAGCUAGCUGCUGGUUAAUUAGUAGAUAGGGAUGGACGCGAUCAGCAGCCUGAUGCUGCAGGAGGGGUGGAGGAAGGGGCCAUGGACGGCGCUGGAGGACAGGCUGCUCACCGAGUACGUGCAGCAGUACGGCGAGGGCAGCUGGAACUCUGUCGCCAAGCUCACAGGGCUGCGGCGGAGCGGGAAGAGCUGCCGGCUGCGGUGGGUGAACUACCUCCGGCCGGACCUGAAGCGGGGCAAGAUCACCCCCGACGAGGAGACCGUCAUCCUCCAGCUCCACGCCAUGCUCGGCAACAGGUGGUCGGCGAUCGCGCGGUGCCUGCCGGGGCGGACGGACAACGAGAUCAAGAACUACUGGCGGACGCACUUCAAGAAGGCCCGGCCGUCGCGCCGCGCCCGGGAGCAGCUGCUCCACCAGUACCAGCUCCAGCAGCAGGAGCAGCGCCGCCAGUACCUCCAGAGCCUGCACCUCCUGCACCAGCACCAGCACCAGCAGCAGCACCUGCAGCUGCUCCAGCAGCAGAGCCAGCAGCUGAUGAUGAGCCAGCAGCAGAGCCCGCCGGAGCCCGACCACCAGGCCGCCGUCAUGGCGAUGGUCAGCAACGACGACCAGCAGGGCAGCCCGGCGUCGACGGCCGAGCACUGCACGCUCCCUGUCCCGGACGACGACGACGCACUGCUGUGGGACAGCCUGUGGAAGCUGGUCGACGGGGACGGCUGCGGCGACGGCUCCAGCGGGGGCGAGUACUAGACGGCGUGUGUGCCAGUGUAAAGGGGUCGAAGGGAGGAGGAGGUAUACACUGAAGGUUUCAGGCUUUCAGUUGCAGCCACUGUAAGGAUCUGCUAGCGGUAGUUGUAGUAGUAGUAAAAAAAAACUCGGCCGGGUGGGGAAAGACCGCCCCACCGGUAUUAAGCUAAGAAGAAGUCUCGGCUUCCCCGACCGAGAAAAUCGCCGAACCCCCGUCCUGCCCUGACACUGGGAACCGUAACUUCUGGGAAUUGCCUGGGCCAUACACGGUCCUCAGGCCGACCUGGGCCGGCUCUUAACCAGUGCUUUGACACACGGGACCGGCGAGAGGAUUUUUUUAACCACAGUCUGAAAUUCACUCCCACGGGGAUUCGAACUCAGGACCUGUGGAGUGCCGCUGGAGUGUCUUAACCGCUAGGCUAAGCACCCUUUGGCUAGUUGUAGUAGUAGUAGAGCCAUGCUAAUUUCCAAUGCGAAUAGUCGAGAUCAUGCUUCAUGUUUUUAUUUUACCCAUGAGCCGUGAGAAAGUGGCAUUGUAUCAAGGAAGCCUAUGUUUAUCUAGUCCCCUUACAAGGAUGUAAUUUUGGUUCCUAAAUCAUGUUUGCUAAG